AUGUGUUUACACCACAACGAUAUCAAGAGUACCCUCACAGCAAAUUGCCAAGGGUCAUUUGACCUGUCAGAGCACAGCUCAAUAUCUGUAGGCUUCUUCCACACACGGAAGCCUGAAAAGGCCAACACUGGUGACGGGUCGAACGUCGCUUCUCCGAGAGGCUGCCAACAUGAAGAGCGGAGAUUGUAUCUCGCCGAAGACGACUACACCACUUAUCAAAUCAAGAGGGAGCGGGGAGAUACCAAGAGUCUCUGUGUAGAGAUCCAGGGAGCCAGCCAUAGCACUCGGCCUCGUCAAGAGGAGUACCGCACGUCCACUGUGUCGACAUCGUCCGGAAUCUGAACCGCAUAGUGACAGCAACAUGGUAGGCUGCUGAGCUCCGCCACCUUGAAAGGCCUAGUCAAAGGUCCGAAGAUGUUCCUGAAGCUGCACAGCCUAGUUUGGUCGCAGCAAGUUCCGGACAAUUCAUUCUUCAAGGAAUGCGACCUGGUAGCAGCGAUAACGAGUGUC